AUGGGAAAGUCGAGUUAUCAAAUAAUAAAUGAAGAAUGGUUCGAAUUUGAAUUAGCAAUCUAUAAGAUUAGAGAAGACAAGGUUCGAGAUUGGUUAUUAAACAGAUUAAGAAAAGUUUACACGAUCUUCGAUGAAGACUUUAGAAAAGGUAGAGAAGAAGCCGUCAAGAGAGAGAAACAACACUUGGCAAGAGAAAUCAAACUUCAUUUAUCUGAUGAUGAUUACAUUGCACCUCUUUCACAAUGGUUAACAAAAUAG